AUGUCAGAAGCCAAAGUAAAGAAAUCUUCCAAUUCACAUAUGAUGGAGAAGAUGAUGAAUUUAUCUGAAUUUUAUCCAUCUUUGUUAGCACUUAUAGUGAUAUACUUCAUGUGGUUGCUCGCCGUUAAUCUUUUCUCAUAUAGAAAAACCAAGAAUUUGCCGCCGUCGCCGCUGAGGCUACCGAUCAUCGGAAAUCUUCAUCUAAUCGGCGAUUUGCCUCACCGUUCGCUUGCAUCCUUGUCGAAGAAAUACGGUCCGCUCAUGACUGUUCAUCUAGGAAAUAAGCCGGUGGUGGUGAUUUCGUCGGCUGAAGUGGCGAAAGAAGCCACCAAAAUCCAUGACGUUUCAUUUUCAGGAAAGCCGGUGCUACUAGCCACAAAACAGCUUUUCUAUGGCCGAAAGGGAUUAAUCUUUUCUCCGUAUGGAGAGCAGUGGAGAAAGUUAAGAAGCAUCUAUGUCAAUAAGCUGCUGCAUAAAAGAAUGAUCAAAUCCUUUAAAUCGAUCCGUGAUGAAGAAACCGCAGUUGUGGUUGAAAGCCUUGAAGAGUUGAGUUCGACUUCUCAGUCCGUGGAUUUGAACGUGAUGUUUAAAUCGCUGGCGAACGACAUCAUAUGUAAUGCGGCGUUUGGGAUGAAGUUCAGGAAAGGAGAGUUCGGGAAGAAGAUCUUGCAUGUUAUCGAGGAAACCGUGAGGCUGCUAUUUACGUUUACUAUGGGGGAAUUUAUUCCGUGGCUUGCUUGGACAAACCGGUUUAACGGAUUCGAUGCCGCCAUAGACAAGGUUGUUGUAACCAAGGAUGAACUUCUGGAUUCAGGGAUUCAAGAUUAUGUCGGAGCUUCGACCCUAGGAAACAACUUUGCCGAUAUAAUAUUCGCCGGGUUGUACUCGGGAAACACUCCCGGCAUGUCAGUUGAUCGCGACAUGCUCAAAGCAACUAUUCAGGAUGUUCUUGGAGCCGGAACAGAUACUACGUCGACUGCACUCGGGUGGGCAAUGACGGAGCUCAUACGACAACCUAAAAUCAUGAAAAAAUUGCGCGAUGAAAUAACAGAGGUUAUGAAAGAAAAAAAGAACAUUACCGACGAGGAGUUGGAUCAAAUGCAUUACAUGAAAGCCGUGGUCAAGGAAACAUUGCGCUUACACAGCCCUGUCCCGAUUGGGCUACGCGAGACGACGGAAGACGUGCAUAUGAUGGGAUACGACAUUCCUUCGGGUACAAUGGUCAUGUUCAACUUGUGGGCUAUUUGUCGUGAUCCCGCAUGCUGGGAUGAGCCAGAAAAGUUUAUACCUGAGAGAUUCUUGAAUUCUUCGAUAGAAUACAACGGGUCGGAUUUUCAGUUCAUCCCAUUUGGCGCCGGCCGGAGGAUCUGUCCAGGGAUAUACUUUGCAACAGCAUCUGUGGAACAUGUCUUGGCUAAUCUGAUCUACAAAUUCGACUGGGAAUUGGCGAACGGAUGUAGAGGUGAAGAUUUGGAUGUGAUCGAAAAACCUGGUCUUGCAGUUGGGAGGAAAAAUCCACUUCUUGUAGUUCCAAAGAAGAGUUGUAUUUAG